GCGUUGAGCUGCGCCGGAAGUGACCGACCGGCGGCGUCGCGCUACUAGCAGCUCGCGCUAAACCGUACCGGGACCGACACCGGAGCCGAAACGUUCAGGAUCUCAGCGGACAGAUCGCGCAUCUUCUCCGAAUCUGGAGCUUGUCUGCAGUUGGCGGCGGUGGUGAGGAACCAGGAAGUGCGGCGCGAUCGGCCGUCGUGACGUAAGCUCGAGGUGCUUUUGUUUGGGGGCGUGGCCUGUAGGCGUCUUCUAACUCGCGAUUGGUGAACAGGUGUCCAGCCAUCCUGCUGUGGCUCUGCGGGCGCGCAGUGGGCGGAGUCAGGCUCAGACUCGGGCUGUGAUUGGCUGGGAGUGAUGAGUGGGUGGCGGGGGGGCGUGGCUGUGGUCCGCGAGCGGGGCGUGGAUUCGUCGUGCUGGUUCGCGCCCGGCGCAUUGCGACGUAUGUUCGAGCUGCCGGCGCCGAUCCUGUCACGCCACCAGCUGAAGCGUCUGGAGGAGCAUCGCUACAGCAGCUCGGGACGCUCGCUGCUCGAACCCGUCAUGCAGCGCUACUGGGAGUGGCUGGUGCGCAGGAUGCCGCCCUGGAUCGCGCCCAACCUCAUCACCAUCGUCGGUUUGGCGACGAACAUCUUCACCACGCUAGUGCUGGUGUAUUACUGCCCGACCGCCACCGAACAGGCUCCUCUCUGGGCGUAUCUCCUGUGUGCGGUGGGUCUGUUCGUCUAUCAGUCGCUGGACGCUAUCGAUGGGAAACAGGCGCGACGCACUAACAGCAGUUCACCACUGGGGGAGCUGUUCGACCACGGCUGCGAUUCGCUCUCUACAGUGUUUGUGGUGCUGGGCAUUAGUAUUGCGGUGCAGCUGGGCUCUCACCCCGACUGGAUGUUCUUCUGCUGUUUCUCCGGCAUGUUCAUGUUUUACUGCGCUCACUGGCAGACCUACGUCUCCGGCACGCUGCGCUUCGGCAUCAUUGAUGUGACAGAAGUGCAGAUCUUCAUAAUUCUGCUGUAUCUGCUGGCUGCUGUGGGCGGAUCGGCUCUCUGGCAGUCUCCGAUUCCCGUAAUAAACAUCCAAAUGAAAAUAAUUCCAGCACUUUGCACAUUUAUUGCGGUGGUUUUCUCGUGUACCAAUUACUUCAGGGUCAUAUUUACAGGCGGCGUGGGCAAAAACGGAUCCACUAUAGCGGGUACGAGCGUGUUAUCGCCCGUUCUGCACAUCGGCUCGGUUAUCGUCCUCGCUAUGAUGAUUUAUAAGAAAUCAACCGUCCAGCUGUUCCAGAAACACCCCUGUCUGUAUAUUCUGGCCUUUGGCUUCGUUUCGGCCAAAAUCACCAAUAAACUAGUGGUGGCUCACAUGACGAAGAGUGAGAUGCAUCUUCACGACGCGGCGUUUCUGGGUCCCGGCCUGCUGUUUCUCGAUCAGUAUUUCAACAGCUUCAUCGACGAGUAUCUGGUGUUAUGGAUUUCUCUGAUUCUGUCCCUGUUCGAUCUGGUGCGCUACUGCGUGAGCGUCUGCAACGAGAUCGCGUCUCACCUGCACAUCUGCGUCUUCAAGAUCAAGCCACAGAGCACAGCGGAGGCCGUCGAGUGACCCCUGACAUAUGGUUUCAUCUUCCUGCACUUUCAGCCUCAUACUAAACCAGAGCCAAUGCAUCCUGAUUUACACCAUUCUGCGCUUAGACUGAAGGAAGAAUUCAGGAAGAAAUUAAAAUGUGCUUAAAUUCUUCAUCAGGGUUGGAGAAAUAUAGUGCAGUGAAUGGGUGCCGUCAGAAUGAGAGUCCAAAAAGCUGAUAAAAACAUCACAGUAAUCCACAAGUAAUCCAUGUAAUCUUGUAAUCCAAUAAGUACUUCGAUUAAUCUUGAGAAGACAAAAGCUGCGCAUUUGUAAGAAACAAAUCCAUCACUAAGGUGUUUUUAACUAAAAUACGAGUCAAAAUCCAUAGUAACCCUAUAAAAAGUCUGAAUCAGGAGAGAAAUCUGCACAGAUCUUUCUUUUGUCUUCUCCAGAUGUUAAC